AUGCCUCAACUCAUACCGUUCUACUUCAUGCACCUACUCACGGUAGGAAUCAUCGGGUUCAGCAUAGCACUGUACCUCAACGCUACAGUCACACUGCCAGCCAUACUCAAGCGAAAGCUAGUACGACAAACCAUAGUCAAGGGCUAG